AUCUUCCAGUUGACAUUACUUAUCAAAUCUCUAUUGUUACCACAACAUGUUGGAGCUGGACGUAACACCUCUCGACAGAAAACGGUGAUUUGUUCAAGUCAGAAACUUGGCCGAGGCCUCGGAGAAGAUGUCUCAGAUGCUGAGACUUCUCUCGGCGGCUGCUCUGCCUUUCUGCCGGGCCGGAGGAGCCCGAGCUCGCACUGUGGCUCCUGGAAGCUUCGCAGUUCUGAACCGGGUGUUUUCCAGUCAAACCCGGACUAAUUUGCUGCCUUGUCGAACAGUCUGGCUGGCCCAGCAGCGGCUCUACUCCACAGAGCCAAAAGAUGAAGGAGGAGGAGGACGGUCAGGCGGAGGGAAGCGAAGUGGGGGAGGGAAAGACUGGUGGAGUCGGAUUCAGAAGGGCGACUUCCCCUGGGAUGAGAAGGAUUUCCGAUACUUGAUGGUGACUGUCGCUGGAGUCAGCUCAGUCCUGCUCUACCUCUACUUCCGAGACAGCGGCCGGGAGAUCAGCUGGAAGGACUUUGUGCACCGGUACCUGGGCAGAGGCCUGGUGGAUCGGCUGGAGGUGGUCAACAAACAGUUUGUCAGAGUCGUCCUCCUACCAGGAGCGGAUGCUGACGGGAGUUAUGUGUGGUUCAACAUCGGCAGCGUCGAUACGUUUGAGAGGAACCUGGAGGCCGCACACCAGGAGCUGGGCCUGGAGCCGUCACAUCGGGCUGCGGUCAUCUACAGCUCUGAGAGCGACGGCUCUUUCCUGAAGAGCAUAAUUCCUACUCUGCUGCUGAUCGGCUUUCUGCUGUUCACGCUGCGGCGUAGUCCAAUGGCCGGAGGCACAGGCGGUGGAAGGAGCCCCUUCAGCAUGAGCGAGUCAACAGCCAAGAUGAUGAGAGACAAGAUAGACGUUAAAUUCAAGGACGUGGCUGGCUGUGAGGAAGCAAAGCUAGAGAUCCUGGAGUUUGUGAACUUCCUGAAGAACCCUCAGCAGUAUCAGGACCUCGGAGCCAAGAUCCCCAAGGGCGCGGUGCUGUCUGGACCUCCUGGCACGGGGAAGACCCUGCUGGCCAAAGCCACAGCAGGAGAGGCCAACGUCCCCUUCAUCACAGUCAACGGCUCCGAGUUCCUGGAGAUGUUUGUAGGCGUCGGUCCGGCCAGGGUGAGGGACAUGUUUGCCAUGGCGAGGAAGAACGCGCCCUGCAUCCUCUUCAUUGACGAGAUUGACGCCGUGGGGCGAAAGAGAGGCGGGGGGAACUUCGGGGGUCAGAAUGAACAGGAGAACACGCUAAACCAGCUGCUGGUGGAGAUGGACGGUUUUAACACAGCUACUAAUGUUGUGGUCCUUGCUGGGACCAAUAGACCCGACAUCCUGGACCCUGCCCUGAUGAGACCAGGACGCUUUGACCGGCAGAUUUACAUCGGUCCUCCAGACAUCAAAGGCAGGGCCUCCAUCUUCAAAGUGCACCUCCGACCAAUCAAGCUGGAUCCCACUCUGGAUAAAGACGCUCUUGCAAGAAAGAUGGCCGCCUCCACUCCAGGAUUCACUGGUGCUGACAUCGCCAACGUGUGCAACGAAGCGGCGCUGAUAGCUGCCAGGCACCUGAGCCCGUCCGUCAACCCGAAACACUUCGAGCAGGCCAUCGACCGAGUCAUCGGAGGCCUGGAGAAGAAGACUCAGGUCCUGCAGCCAGCAGAGAAGAAGACUGUAGCCUAUCACGAGGCCGGCCAUGCCAUCGUGGGCUGGUUCCUGCAGCACGCGGACCCCCUGCUUAAAGUGUCGAUCAUUCCACGGGGGAAGGGUCUGGGUUAUGCUCAGUACCUGCCCAGAGAGCAGUACCUGUACACCAAGGAGCAGCUGUUUGACAGGAUGUGCAUGAUGCUGGGAGGCCGCGUGGCUGAGCAGGUCUUCUUUGGCCAGAUAACCACCGGAGCUCAGGACGACUUGAAGAAGGUCACGCAGUCCGCCUACGCCCAGGUGGUGCAGUUUGGGAUGAGCGAGCGCGUGGGCCAGGUGUCGUUCGACCUCCCCCGGCAGGGCGAGAUGGUCCUGGAGAAGCCGUACAGCGAGGCUACGGCUGAGCUCAUCGACGAGGAGGUCAGAGGUCUGGUGGACCGAGCCUUUGAGCACACCAUGCAGCUCAUCCUGGACAAGAAGGAGCAGGUGGACAAGGUGGGGAAGCGUUUGCUUGAGAAGGAGGUGCUGGACAAAGCCGACAUGGUGGAGCUGCUGGGUCCACGGCCAUUCCAAGAGAAGUCGACCUACGAGGAGUUUGUGGAGGGGACGGGGGCCUUUGAGGAGGACACGAGCCUUCCAGAGGGCCUCAGGGAGUGGAACAAGGACAGAGGAGAGGAAAUUGAUGAGCUAUGCCCAACUUGGGACAAACAGCAGGUCUGAGAAACUGGUAGAAAAUACACCCCAGCUGGACACAAACCAGUCUAAGUGCUGAUCCAGUUCUACUGUCUGAGAGGAGAACAGGGCAUGGUUACAGUUACAUGGAGUUAAAAAUCCACAUCUGCUUGUUACGUGCCUCUGCUCCCAAUAUCAGCUGUUUGGGUUCUCUUUGAACUCUGGGUUAAGAUAUAUGCUUUUUAUUUAUAUAUCUGCAGAGAGGCUAAUUUUGGUGCUUUCCCAGAGAACUGUGGCGCAUCUCCAGCGCCGCCUAAUGUAGAACUGACUCUGCAGACAGGAACGGGCUUUAAAGCGCCUUCAUAUUCCCAGUCCCUAGGUCCUGCCGGAUCUAAUCCCACCAGAACUCAGUGCCCACGCUGCACAUCAGAGCCGCGGACACGCCGCUUUAUUUCUUUAUUCUUUUUAAAAACGUCCGCCUUCCUGACGACGAGGAAGAAACGCUCGACGUGAAUGUUUCUGUGGCCAAACAAGCUAGAAAUGUGUUUAGAAAUAAAUUGAAGAUGUUUGGCCGUUUUAAAACUUGAUCCAGGAGAAACUCCGCACACUGUUCAUUUGCAUUUUACCUCCAGUUGGAUAUAUAUUGUGGAUAUUUUAAUGCUGUAUGAAUAUACUCAUAUGAAGUGUGUGUGAAAAUGGCUGGCCAGAAGGUAUUUCGUACCACUGGUCCAAAAUAAAAAACAUCCUAAAAAAA